AUGCAGGCCCUACUCUUGGAUAGAGCCUUUGGUAAGGUAGCACCGCUUGAGUUUGCUACGACCGUAACGGAGUCGUACUAUUCUUUACUCCAACAGAACGCACUUACACGCGUGUUUCCUCCCAAUUGUCAUACAAAUGCAGCUAUAAACAGUCUCUCGUUAGAAACGGAAGACUACCAGUACCUUUUGAGCGGAUGUGCUGAUUCUUCCAUCAAGCUCUGGGACCUAAAUUCACAACUGGAGAUAGACAAUGGUUCCAGCACCAUCCACCAGGAUUUAAACAAACAGCAUUCGGACUACGAUAUUUACGACUACGAUCAUCCGGUCCAGACUUUUACCAACAUUGCUACAGUUCCCCGGAAGUCUGCCCAUACAUUUGGUAUUUCUGCCAUUCAGUGGUGGCCGUACGAUACAGGGAUGUUUGUUCUGGCCAGUUUUGAUCACACUGUGAAAAUAUGGGAUACCAAUGAACUCACACCGGUACACUCUUUCGAUGUUACCAAUCGGGUAUAUGCCAUCGACCUCUCGGGAAGCGAGUCACCGAAUGGCUUUUCUUCCUCGGCUUUGGUAGCUGUAGGCAGUGACCAACCAUUCAUUCGGCUCUUGGACUUGCGAUCUACUUCAAGUGCCCAUACGCUCACAGGUCACAAGGGGAAGACGUUGGCUGUCAAAUGGCAUCCGCUCAAUCCUAACUUACUUCUGUCUGGAGGAUUUGACGGUGAAGUCAAGAUUUGGGAUAUCAGGCGAAGCAAGAGUUGCCUUUGCCGCUUGGAUAUGCUCCGUACCAACAAUCAAGCAGACAGUGCAGAUAAUCUUGCUAAAGCCUCGGUCAAAGCCCAUCUGGGUCCUGUCAAUGGUCUCGUCUGGAAUGAACAGGGUACAGAGCUAUAUACUGCUGGUAACGACGACAAGGUGCGAGUCUGGGACAUGAUUUCCUCUUUGGCUCCACCUAUCAAUAAAUUGGUCAACUUUGGGCCAUUGACACGAAACAAGUAUCCCCAGACUAUCCCCAUUAUGCUUAACCCCAGCUAUGAGACCGAGUUGCAGUAUUUAUUAUUUCCCUCUGAUAAUAGCGACUUGUUUGUAUUCAGAACUGUUGACGGCAAGAUGGUUUCGCGAUUAUCUAGAAAAGGCACCAAGAACAGCGGUAGGACAUGUUCUAUGGUUAAUGCAGGGCCAUUUACAGGGAAGUAUUAUUGUGGGACAAUUGAUGGAGAAAUCAUCGCCUGGUCGCCGCAUUGGGAACAGCCCAAUAUUGAGGAUUUAGUCGAGGACACGAACGAGGUGGAUGUUCAAGAUGUCUUAUCCAAGCGAAAGUUGGCUGAAGAAGCUCGACGCAACCUUGAGGACGAUCCCUACUUUAAUGGCGAACCGUAG